UUAAGCCGAGACAAGCGAACAGCCUCUUGUCCAUGUCUUAAAGUAAAUUCGAGUAUACUUAACAUGGAUACUGGAACAAUCAAAAGAUUUCUCAGCACUUCCACUUCCCCGAAGUGUAUAUUGCAGAGUCGUCCGGUGUCGCAGCCGAGUACAGCAACCAUCAGAUUUAUAAGGUACCUCGCGAAUUAGGACGCCGGUUAUGUAAAAUCUGCGCGAACUGUAAAAUCGAUAAACCGAGGAAAAAGCACUGUAGAGCUAUUUUAGAUUCAUUAUGGUAUGCAUACACGAUAGGACAUUCGAAAAGAAAUCUAUCGAUUGCUUUGUUUUAUUGUACGGCUUAACGGGGAAGGUUCCAUGAUACUCCCACCUGUGAUACAUACACACGUUGGGCUUCAAUUUUCUAUAACAGUUCUAUCAUGUUUGUAAUAAAGUCACAUUCACUUGUUAAAAAUCAAUUCGUAAAUUUUUCUGCUAAUUUAGGGCUGAUUCAACACUUGAACAUAGAGAUUUGGCUGGUACAUUAAUGUGUCCUUCGUUUCUUGUCGUGGUAGUACCUUGGCUGUGACGCAUUAUUUUAUAAAAUUUCGAAGUUCCAUUGUAUCGAUGUUCCAAAGUUCAAAGUCUUAAUGCCCUAAAGUCCCCAACUGGCAAAAUAUCAAAAUCAUAAAGUUCCAAAAUUCUAUGAUCCUGUUAGUUGAAUGUGAUACGCAGAAGGGGUUAAAAAAAUCUAUUAUAUCAAUUGUCUCAGUAGUAUACAAUUAAAGAGCGGAAAGGUAGCGCGAAAAAAAAAUGAUGCAUCGACCAAAGGAUGGUGGGUAGGUGUCUCAGAGACUUGGUUUAAGAGUCUGUACCCGGUAGGUGGGGUUGGACAGAUGGUAUUUUACGCCUCCAAGCAUAGGCUUCCACACGUGCCUAGCGACCGGCAGCCGGGUCCACGCUAUAGGUAUGCUAAGGCUGUUCGAGGUGGAGGUUGGAGGUUGGAGGUUAGCAGCAGAGGUGGAAGGGUGGCUUGUCGUCGGGUAGGCUGGUGGCGGUUGCAAGGGGUGGUCUACCGUGGCUAGGGGCGCAAGAGGUGCCGGUGGGUGGAUAUUGAGCGACGCCGGGCGUCGUGGCGCACUGUGCGGAUCAGUCGCCCUCCAGCCACCGCCCCAGAUACGAGUUCAGCCACUUCCGGCCCUCCUCUUUGCUCGUCGGACGUGUCUUCUCGUCGACUCUUCUACGUUCCCUUAUUUCCCUUAUUCUCCCGCUCGUCUUUCCGUCGAGAUUUCUUCUCGUUUCGUUCAAACACGGACGGUAAGACAGAAACAUGCUGAUUGGUCUCGUGCGCGACUCAGUGCUGCAGUGCUUUUGUCACAGCUGCAAGGCACCCUUGGACAUCGUAGCGGGAAGCAAGAGGGGCAAUGCGCCCUUCAAGAAGCCCAGUGGCAAAGGAAAGCCACGGACUAAACAACCGAAGAAAGUGAAGUUCAUCACGACGGAAAUUCGUUGUCAGGAAAAAUCCAAGGGUGGACUUUGCUACGAGGUAAUCUUGGCAGAGCCAACAGUGCCGAAAAGAGCACCGUCUCCCCCACAAACCAGCCCGACUCAACAAGUCGCCAUCGAGGAGAAGCUUCGAGCAGCGGAGGAAAGAAGACUCUCUCUAGAAGCUCAUAAGCUCGCCGCUUUUUCAGCGAAACUUUGCAAAAUUGAAGAGGUAGCUCGCAAGAAAGAUGAACUUAGCGCCGCUUUCAUCGCCGCGACCAGCAAGUCUUUGGACGCGAAGAUGAACAACACGGAAGAGAAACGGGAGGCUCACAUUGCAGAAGUGAAGAACAAACUGAAGGAACAUUUAGAGAGCGUGGAGAAGACUCGUUUGAGCCUUGAACAACAGACAGAAGAGGUUCGUUGCGCUGUCAAGAAGAAAUUGAACACCGCCGCUGCUCAACGCGAUGAGAAUAUCAAGAGAAUGUUGGAUCGUCUUAAAGCACAUGAAGAACAAGCGGCUCGCAUACGUCAAGGAAUGACCGAACGCGUGCAACAACUUGAAUCGAAGAUUCAAGGUAAAUUGGAUCAAGCUCGUGAACGCCGUGAGAACAUUGAACGCGAACAAAAGGAGAAGCUGCGUAAUCAUGAGAGGCGUGCAGAGAAGGUAAGACAGAACAAAGCAGCUCUGUCGGAGCAGUGUGCCCUGCCCGCCGAGAAGGAAACCGCCAGCUCUGGGUAAACGCGAAGAGAAGUCAAAUAAUGAUCGCGAUCCUCGUUCGAAAUACCUUUUUCACCGUUACAAAAUCGAGGAAAGAGGAGAGCGGGAUUCGACUGCAAGCUUGCUGAAAGAGAAAGAGAGAGAGUCACUCGCUGAAUAAAAUAGGCCAUCAAGAGUUUACGUGUUUCAACUUUUGGAAUAAAUAAACCAACGGGGUCGCACUACGCUGUGCUUUUAACAGGCCUCGUAUUACGCUUUGUGCCAUUUUCGUUCGCUGGAAAGAAAACUUAAAGGAACUUAUCGCAAGCGAUUAUAAUAAUAGCUGAAAGGGAUUUGCAAUCUUUAACGAUUUCGUUUUGUAACAGUGAACGGGAGGGGACUAAAUAUUCAACUAGAUAAAAUAAUCGAAAUAAUUCAAAGAAAUAACGAAUUUAUAUAAUGAAGAAUCGAUCGUCUUUUUUUAAUUUUUUAUUGUUUUCCUUUCACUUUGUAACUCGUGCAAAAUCACUGCCUUCAUCUAAUUACACAAGUACACAGCUGUUUGUUUCUUAAAGUUAUACAUAUACUUGUACUAACAUUUAUUUCGAAAGAUAUGUCGUGUAAGAUAUCCUUUUCCGUUUCAAUGUGCCUACCACUUACACGAUUGUGGGUCUUUUAGAUGGCAUUAAAUUCUGUGUUUGUGAUCGUUUGUGUAUGUCGACGAUUAUUAUGAAGCUUGUUUCAAUACAUUUCAUUUAUUACUUCUUUUUACGGCUAUGGUGUUGUUGUACCCGAUUGUCCGCGUAAAAAAAGAGCAUUUAGUCUGUUUGGAGGUCGAAAAAAGAUCAUAACGAUUAUCAGAGUCGAAUGGUACAGUUUCCUUUUUUAAAUUCUCUUUCGUUUCUUUUUUUCCGGUAGCUUUUGGUGUUUCAUUCGUUGAAUUUUUUUGCUUUCAUUCAUAGAGUAACGAUAGAAUUACUACCGCUACAAUUAGAUUUUAAGUGGUAAAUGCGACCAUACAUGUGCAUACACAUACCAUAAUGUAAUGAUAACACAUUGCGUAUGGUAUGUGCCGACAUGUAAGCAUAUAAAAUAAAAUAAAUAAAAUAAAAUAAAAUAAAAUAAAUAUAUAUAUAUAUCUAUAUAUAUAUACAUAUUAAUAGUGCUUUAUACUAGGCUUGAGAAACUUUAAAAACCAUUUUGUACUCGAUCAUUGUAAUAUUACUGCGCUAAUUGAACAAGAACAUUCACAAAAGAAUAUGUAGUCUAAUUGAAUAUGAUAAUAUGAUGCUUCUGUGAUGACUUAAUUAUUUGUCAAAAUGUGUAGUGUUUAAGUGAGAGUGUGAGAGAGAAAGAAAGAAGGGAGAAAGACGAUUUGAUUCCUCUACGCUCGUACAGAUACCGUGGCUAAGAAAGCCUUAAUAUUUUAGUUCGUAUUAUAUCACUGCUAGAACUAUUUUAAAAUACCAACACACAUUGUACAUGGGGUUAAAGUUUUCAUUGAACUUUCCUACUCGUAUAAUAGGCAGCUUAAUGGUUCCUCAGCCUUCUCGAAUACUCAUAUAUAUUACACAUACAAUGAAAUCUUGUUACAUGGUCGUGGAUGAGGCUGCUGAAGUGGAGGAAACUGUGCAAUGGUUAUACAUAUAUGUAAAUGGAAGAACUCCUUCUAUGCAGCGCUCAUAAAAUCCACGUUUCUAAAUUUUUGAAAUUUAAAAAUCGCUCAACGGCCCAUGUACAUGAGAGUCAUGUAUAGAUAAGAAGAAACAUCUUAUCUUUGGUCACGGUAUCGUCAAAUAAAAAUAAAGGGGUAUAAAAUAAAAAAAAAAAAAAAAAA